GACGACGACUUCCUCGACCUUCCCCCACUCCCACGCAAGGCAUUAGACUUCAGCCGAGUCUACCCGUGCAUCUUUUCAAAAUGGCACGUAACAGUGAAAAGGCACAGUCGAUGCUGUUCCGAUUCCGGGCCCAACAGGCCGCGGACCUGGGCAUCAUCGAUAUGGGCCGCACGCGGCGCCCGAAGGCCAUUACAUCCGUUGACUCGAUUCCGAUGUGCGAGAAGUGGCGCGGCCAAGUGCUCAAGGAGAUUUCACGCAAGGUGUCGCGGAUCCAGGAACCCAUUCUGAGCGACCACCAGAUCCGGGAUUUGAAUGACGAGAUUAACAAGUUGAUGCGGGAGAAGUGGACGUGGGAGAUGCAGAUCCGGAACCUGGGCGGGCCGAAUUACAUGCGUGGCUCGGGACGGGUGUACGAUGAUGAAGGGAGGGAGAUUCCCGGUGGUGGAAAGGGGUAUCGGUAUUUUGGGCGCGCGAGGGAGUUACCUGGUGUUAAGGAGUUGAUUGAAGCUGCGGCGAGGCGGGGGAGGAGACCUGCAGAGGAGGAGGAAGCUGAGAGUACGGGGAGAGGGGGAGAUAUUGCGACGAAGAAAGUGGAUGCGAAUUAUUUUGGGUAUGGGCUUGAUGAGGAGGAUGGGACGCUGCUUGCGUAUGAGGUGCAGCGGGAGAAGGAGGCGGUGGAGAAACUACGGAAGAAGGAUGAUGAUGAUGUCGAGGAUGGAUGGGAGCCAUUGCCUGGGGAUGCUGGAGAUGGGAUUGCAUGGCGAUUGCCGUCGUUGGAAGAGGUGCAAGAGGAACUUGUCGAUAGGCGGAGGAGGCGGCUCUUGGACAAGAUCUCCUAA